UAUCUCGAUGUCAAAUAUGAGUACUUGUCUUACUGCUUGAAACUAAAAGAAAUGGACGAUGAGGAACUUGAAUACCAUUCUCUCAACGAAGGCCUUUAUCGAGUGGAGACAGGCAAUUACGAGUACCGCUUGAUGCUUCGUUGUCGCCAGGAAACAAGGCAAAAAUUCAUACAGAUGCGAAACGAUGUUAUGAUAAAAAUCGAGUUGUUGGAUCAAAAACAUGUGAGAGAUAUCGCUCAACAUCUGGCAAAUUUGGCAACUGUCAUGAAGGACUGCUUGGCAGAAUGUUCAUCUGCGCUUCAGAAUACACAAAACACCCCCAUAGAGAUUGACAUUAUUCAAGUGAGUUCAUCAGAAAAGGGCAUAUGCUCCCUGAUUUUUAAUCGAAUUCCUUUCAAUUUUCGGGCGUUCAGGAUGGUAAAGAAGCGAGUCACUACCGUACCAGCUCUCCUACAAUAG